AUGAUUCUCGUAGCCGCAGUUAUUUCAGUUUUUAUUAUUAUUUGUAUUUUAGAUAUUAUUCCACCGUAUAAAUAUCCUAUAGGACCAACAAGAAUUCCAUUGCUUGGUAGCUAUUUAGAAGUUCAAAAGCUCAGGAAUAAAUUAGGAUUCUAUCACUUGGUUUGGGAUCACUUGGCCAAAACUUACGGUCAAGUGUUUUCUGUUAAACUUGGUCGAAUAGAAGCUGUGGUAGUUUCUGGAUAUGAUGCAGUACGACAAGUAUUAUCCAAAGACGACUUUGAUGGCCGACCGGAUGGAUUUUUUUUCAGAUACCGAGCUUUUAAUAAGAGAUUAGGCAUAGUAUUUGUGGAUGGACCGACGUGGACUGAUCAAAGAAAAUUCUGCAUGCAACAUUUACGAAAAAUGGGAUUUGGUGGUGAUUUGAUGGAAAAAAUCAUAAUCGAAGAAGUUAACGAUCUCAUGAUAGAUAUAACAAAAAAAUGUGAGAAUGGUAAACCAAUUGAAGUUCACGGUUUAUUCGACGUAUCAAUUUUAAAUGGUCUUUGGGCGAUGUUGGCUGGUCGCAGAUUUGCAUUAAAUGAUUCUAGACUUGCAAGACUUAUGGAAUUAGUACAUGUCAGUUUCAGAAUGUUAGAUAUGUCAGGUGGAAUAUUAAACCAGAUGCCAUUCCUUCGGUUUUUGGCACCCAACUCUUCUGGAUUCAAACACAUCAAACAAAUUUUAGUCGAAUUUUAUACGUUUUUAAAAGAAUCAAUAGAUGAACAUAAAUACGGGGAUAACGAUCAGGAAGAUUUUAUACAUGCAUUUUUAAUGGAAAUUGAGAAGAAUAAAAAAACUCAAGGAUCGUUUUCAGAACAACAGCUUCUUGUUAUAUUAUUGGAUCUAUUUUUAGCUGGAUCGGAAACAACAAGCAGUAUGUUAUCAUUCGUAAUAUUACUUUUACUCAAACACCAAGAUGUACAAGAUAAAGUACACGCAGAGUUGGAUGCAGUAAUUGGAGAUCGAGAAAUUCACCUUGCAGAUAAAAAAAAGUUAAGUUAUCUUGAAGCUGUAUUAAUGGAAGUUCAGAGGUAUAGUAACGUGGCACCGUUGGCAAUAGCUCAUAGAACUAUUCGGAAAACCAGCCUACAAGAAUACAUAAUACCAAAAGAUACAUUAGUAUUGGCGAGUAUAUGGAGCGUUCAUAUGGAUAAGAACCAUUGGGGUGAUCCCGAAGUAUUUCGACCGGAAAGAUUUUUAGACAGUACCGGACAAAUAAUAAAUGACAGUUGGCUUAUACCAUUCGGUGUUGGUAGACGAAGGUGCCUCGGCGAGGUACUGGCUAAAACCAAUAUGUUCAUGUUCAUUGCCAAAUUAAUUCAAAAAUUCGAGAUACGAAUUCCAGAUGGAGUCCAAUUACCAGAUAAACAUCAAGAUGGCGUCACUAUUUCUCCAUCUCCGUUUUCUGCUAUUUUUAUACCUAGACGUUGAAGAAGAGAAUAAAAUUAAAUUUAAGAAUUACAAUUUUUAACACUCAUUAUGUGUUCAUAUUUAUUAUCUUAGAGAAUAAAUCUC